AUGGCUUCCUCUAGCUACAAUCCACAACCACAAGGUCCCCAGCUGAACCCGUAUGCAGAACCAUGGAAACCCAAUACUGUUGUUUGCCAACCCUUUUCUGCUCCAAAUAAUCUUCAACUUCCUAGGGCAGGGAGACGUCCAGGUAACAGUAAGGGAAAAAGGGUCCACCCCAGCAAAAUUUUCAAGGGCCCCAAUAUUCCUCCUCCUCCUCCUCCUCCUCCUCCUCCUCCCAGGAGAACAUCAGAUAGGACGAGUAGGCCAUGGAAGAAGCUUGAUCAUGGGGCAAAGUGGGUUCCGAAAAAGCUUGAUCAUGGUGCAAAGUGGGUUCCGAAAAACAAGGGGGAGAUGCAGCUGCAUGAAGAAGAGAAGAAGCUUGUCAUUCCUUUUCCAUCUUGUCCUGAUGGACAAGCAAGGAGGACUGAUUUUCUGAACGUACUGAAAACGCAUUGUUAUCAAGAGAACCAAAUGCGUCACAUACGCGAUGAACGAAACAAGUCCAAGUUCGAUUUCGUUUAUCUGCCCAUGGACUUCAAGAGAAAGCGGAUUUCAAAUCUGGGUUAUGCGUUUGUGAAUUUCACAAGUCCUGAAGGAGCACUGAGAUUUUACUGGGAAUUUCACAACCGACCUUGGAGAGUAGGAUUCAACCCAAAAAUAUGUGAAGUUACACGUGCCGAAAUCCAGGGCAAGAGUUCUCUAAUGGCAAAUUUUAGGUACAAGCUGUUUUGGUGUCACCUAGAUUCGUACCUGCCGGUCGUUUUGGCACCUGCAUGUGACGGUAUGAAUCUGCCUACGGUAACCGUCGUCGGAAAACUUGCUGGCAAACCCUCUUACUGCAAGUGA